AUGGAGUCAACAAGGCUGUCCAUCCCGGUUCUGCUUCUGCUGCUGGUCCUCGGAUCAUUCAGCGCAAAGGUUGAAGAAGAGAACCCGGAGUUCUGGAGGUCACAGGCCAAGCAGAGUCUGCAGGCAGCGCUGGACAGGAAGCUCAACACCAAUGUCGCCAAGAACAUCCUGUUUUUCCUCGGAGAUGGUAUGGGAAUCACAACCUACACAGCGGCUCGUAUCCUCAAGGGACAGCUGCAGAACCAGUCAGGGGAGGAGACGGUGAUGACCAUGGACACCUUCCCCAAUGUGGGGCUGGCUAAGACAUACAGCGUGGACUUCCAGAUCCCAGACAGUGCAGCCACGGCCACAGCGUAUCUGUGCGGCGUGAAAACCAACCUGAACAUUGUUGGAGUGAACGCAGCGGCGCGCAACGGGAUCUGCAAAAGUCAGAAGGGCAACGAGGUCACGUCGAUCCUGAAGUGGGCCAAAGAUGCUGGAAAGUCUGUCGGCAUCGUAACAACCACGCGGGUACAACACGCCACCCCGGCAGCCACCUACGCCCACAGCGCCAGCAGGUCGUGGUACAGCGAUGCUGACCUGCCUGCCGCCGCCAAGGUGGACGGCUGCACCGACAUCGCCUCCCAGCUCAUCGGAAACACCGACAUCGACGUGAUCAUCGGCGGUGGGAGAAAGUACAUGACCCCUCAGGGCACCAAAGACCCAGAAUACCCCAGAGACUACUUCUCCAGGGGGGAAAGAAAAGAUGGACGCAACCUAAUCAAUGAGUGGCAGAAGCUGAAAAUUGGAAAGGUAGCCCGCUAUGUGUGGAAUAAAACUGAUUUCGACGCCGUUGACCCUGAAAACACUGACUACCUCAUGGCUCUGUUUGAACCGGGUGAUCUCCGCUUUGACGUAGAGAGGGACCCAAAGAUGGAUCCGUCCAUCGCCGAGACCACAGAAAAGGCCAUCCGCAUCCUGCAGAAAAACCCCAGAGGCUUCUUCCUGCUAGUGGAGGGGGGACGUAUUGACCAGGCUCACCACGACGGCCGGGCGUACAUGGCGCUCCACGAGACGGUCGCUUUCGACAACGCCAUCGCCAAGGGCCUCGAACUCACCAAAGAGGCUGAAACGCUCACUGUCGUCAUGGCUGACCACUCCCAUCCUUUGACCUUCAAUGGAUUCCCAUUUCGAGGGCAGAGCAUUCUGGGUAAAUCUCCACUGUGGGCCACAGACAUGAAGCCGUACACCACGCUGAUGUACGGCAACGGGCCCGGACACAAAAUCGUUAACGGCAAGCGCCCUGACAUCCGCAACGUCACCACCAAAGGUAAAGACUACGUCCAGCUGGCUGCGGUUCCCUUACAGUCGACCACCCACAGCGGGGAGGACGUGGCGGUGCUGGCCCGCGGACCCAUGGCCCACCUCUUCCAGGGUGUCCAGGAGCAGAACUACAUCGCCCACGCCAUGGCCUACGCUGCAUGUGUGGGCGCCGACCUUCGGCACUGCCAGGAGCAGGAAAUAACCCGCCCCACCUCCACCGACGGCUUGAACGGGGCAGCCAGCGCCUCAUCGGCUCUCCUCAGCAGCCUCCUCAGUGCACUGCUGGCCCUCACAGUGUUGAUCUAAGAUCCCUGCUCCUUCCUGAUCUGACUCUGUGGUCCGGGAUCAGGGUCAUAC